UCUAGUUGUUGUCAAUGGUUAUUAACCUAAAAAUGUCUGAGAGUAAAGGAAAAAUUUAAAUAUGCCAGCGUAUUAAAAGAUAAUCAACCAAUAUGAUAGCCGAUGUAAACGCUCUUCUGUUUUAUGGAAGCGCCUUGAUUUUUUCUUCCAUAUUAGGGGUAUGCCUCAUAUUAAUCUCUAAUUCCAACGCGUAUCCGGUAGUACGGCGGAGCAAGAAGGAGAAAUAUUUUUUGGACCCCGCGACCGGUGAAAAUAUCGAAUUCCCUACAAUUACAAAUAAAUCCAGUGUUUACCUCAGUGUUGUGGUACCAGCUUAUAAUGAAGAAGUCAGACUUCCUCCAAUGCUUGACGAAUGUCUAGAGUUUCUAGAACAAAGAAGUAGGCAAUUAUCAUUUAAAUAUGAGGUCAUAGUAGUAAGUGAUGGCAGUUCAGACAACACAGUUGAAAGAGCGUUGGAGUAUUCUAAAAAGUAUGGCACAGAUAAAGUUAGAGUUCUGAAAUUGGAAACAAACAGAGGCAAAGGUGGCGCUGUGCGUUUGGGAAUGCAAAGUUCAAGGGGAGCUCUGUUGUUAUUUGCGGAUGCCGAUGGAGCCACAAAAUUUUGUGAUCUCGUUAAAAUGGAAGAAAGUUUGAAGGGACUUAUUGAUUGUGACGAUUUAAGAACUAGGGAUGUGGUGGAAGAGAGACUCGCAAUAAGUAUAGGAUCAAGAGCACACCUUGAAGAGGAAGCUGUGGCGAGCCGUACUUUUUUUCGCGUUAUUUUGAUGUACGGAUUCCAUUUUUUAGUGUGGCUUUUUGCUGUAAAAGGCAUAAGAGACACCCAAUGUGGCUUCAAACUGUUCACCCGGAAAGCUGCGAAGAUAUGUUUCAUUAGUUUACAUGUUGAAAGAUGGGCAUUUGACGUGGAAUUGCUUUACAUAGCCCAAAAGUUAAACAUUCCCAUCUCUGAAGUUGCCGUCAACUGGACUGAAAUCGACGGAUCCAAAGUGACCCCCAUAUGGAGCUGGAUACAGAUGGGCAUCGAUUUGGGCCUGAUCUGGUUGAGAUACACCAUAGGGGCGUGGAAAAUUAAACACAGUAGUUAAUAAAAAUAUGUU